AUGGCGCGCAAGGCGCCCUCGCCCAAGAUGCCCGGGCCCGGUCCGCCGGCCAGCCGGCGGGGGCCAAUCGAGGGCAGGCCGCCCAACGGCGUGGAGGCGCACAGGAUGCUGAAGGCGGGGACCGGAGCUAGCCAGGGCCAGGGUGAGCAGGCGGGCGGGUACUCCCCCGCGCUGCUGUUCGCCUUUGCGGUGUGUGUGGGGCACCCCGUCACCGUGCAGACCAAGAGCGGGUGCGAAUACGAGGGCAUCUUCCACACGCCGGGCCUGGCGAAGAGCCAGACGCACAUCGUGCUCUGCAAGGCCAGGAAGCUCAGCGGCGAGGGCGACGGGCGGGAGGUGGGGGCGGUGGUGGAGCGCCUGGUAGUGUACAGCCAGGACCUGUGCCAGAUGCGCGCGGUGAACGUGCCGCACCCCGGCGCCCGGAGCCGGGAGGCCGGCGGGCAGGCCCGGGCGAGGGGCGGCGCGGAUCGACGGGACAGCCCGACGGGGGCGGGCGCGUGGCGCAGGGGCCUGGACGCGUUCUCCGGCGACCGGGGGGCCCAGCGGGGCAACAUGGCGGGGCUGAUCGGCCGCGAGCUGCAGCCGUGGAUGCCCGAUGAGUCGCUGGAGGGGUUGGAGGCGCCGCGGGGGGGGCUGGGCGGGGCGUGCCAGGGGCUGGAGGCGGGCCCCCGCACGGACCGGUGGGACCAGUUCGAGGCCAACGAGCGCAUGUUCGGCGUCAAGACGAGCUUCGACCCCAACCUGUACACGUCGAAGGUGAACGAGGCGGAGUCGCGGUACACGCUGGAGCAGGCGGACGCGAUCGCGCGGGAGAUCGAGGCCACGUCGGCGUCGAACAUCCACACCGCCCAGGAGAGGAACCAGCACAUUGACGACUCCGGGCUGGAUGAGGAGACUCUGUUCUCAGCAGUGGGGAUGGACAUGUCAGAGCCAGUUGAUGACAAGCCACAGUCGCCGGCAGGAAACCAGGGCAGCCGGGGGGGGUCGCCCAAGACUGCGAGUUAUGCGGACAUGGUGCGUGGGGGCAAUGGGGCAAUUCGGAUGGCCACUGAGCCGUUGCCCACCCCGAGUUCCAAGGCCCCUGACCAGGUGUCUUCAGCCCAGCAGACGGAUCCGGCUUGGUCAAGACAGGAGGUCAACAAGAUUCACCAGUCCCUUAUUACAAACAAGGACAAGCCAUCGCCUUACGGCUCUCCUUUCAACAAUUCUCCCCUGAUCAGGGACCCAGCGAGCUUUGCGGCACUGAAUUUGAAUCCAGGGGUUACAAGGGUGGACAACGAGACGAUGCAGCAGUUUAGGCGAUUCAAGCAACAGAAGCCCACGAAGGCCCCGAUCGCAACCGAGACGACAAGGGCAGCUUCUAAAGCCCCGCCCCAGGACAGUGCAGGCCCACUGAACAGCAGCACAAGCUCUGCUCCUGGCCUUUGUCCCAACGACCGAGGGGUGAAGGCGUCGCCCCGCUCACAACCCAGGUCGCUCCUAAACUUUCCUCAGCCACCUGCACCCCCGAUGCCUAUCCCGCCACCACCGGGCCAGCCUCCGCCGCCGGGCCAGCCUCCACCGCCGCCCCCGCCACGUGCGAUGAGCCCCUCGUCCAACGUGCCGAUCCUCUUUGGGCAGAUCGAGCCAUCUCUGGUGGGUUAUGGGGAGCCCACGGUCUACGCACAGCCUGCCCCCCCUCCAAGGCCGGCGCCCAGUCCUCGAAUGGCCAGGCACCCGUCGAUCGGGUCGUCCAUCGACAUUGCAUCAACACUUUCGGGAUCCCAAGUGGGCAAUCUCAACCCCUUUGCACGGCCAUUCCUGCCAGGCGCUGGCUUCAAUGGCGGUGCCGCGGAGAGCCAUCAGUCUCCUCGGACGUCAUCCAUUGGAGAAUCAUCCAAGGUGGAGGCCCCGACGUCGGAAGGCUCGGGGGGCGCAUCGGAUGCCGUGGACACGGAGUCAUCAAGGCUGGGCAAGGUGCUCAGCUCGCCGGAGCCUGGAGCCAUGGGGCCGAUGGACGUGAGGCUGCACCAUCACAUGCCUGCCCCACCUCCCCCAGGCCCAAAGGACCAGCCCCCGCCCCCCAUGGGCCACCUUGGUCGGCGCUCUCCCCAGCUCAUGCCACACCAGAUGAUGCCGCAGCAGAUGGCGCCCCCACCACCCGGCCAGCCACCCCCGCCGCCCCACCGAGGCGUGCCCUUCUACCCCGAUGCUGGGAGAGGCCCACCCAUGAUGCAAUACCCGCAUCCCAUGUGGCAGGGCGGCAUGGCCCCGAUGGGUCAGCCUGGGCCGCAGAUGAUGACGCCGUUCUACCCGGGGCCCCCAAUGGGUGCCCCGUACGCAAUGCACUACUUCGCUGGGCCCAUGAUGCCGCCUCCAGGCGCAUUUCAGCCCUAUCCCCCCAUGCACCCCAUGCAGGGCCCAGGCAUGCAGCAGCCGCAGCCGCCUCGUCCCUUGAGAGACAACCCCCCACGGCCGAGAGGGAGCCGGGGGGGCAGGAAGUCCAACGGCGGAAGGGGGUACGCCGCCCCGAGGAGAGGCCCGGGGCCUUGA